UGGAAACAGCAUACAGUAUGGCGGACAACGAGAGUGAUUUGGAAACAGACGGGCUCGAAUUAGCCCUCGAUUCUUUGUGUCUCCGAUACUGCAGCGACGAAUCGUCUCUAAACAGCAAGGACUACUGCUCCAAGUUUUGUGAGUUGGUUGAGGAAUACACCAGCCAGUGGCAUGUUCCUCUGCCUCAACUCAAGGUGCUGCGAGCUGCUUUCUGCAGUUUUACCAAAGCCACAGCUGCCUUUCCUGAUGCCUGUCAGCAUGUCCAAUAUGUUCUCAGCAGUCUGGCCCUGAGCUUCUUUGAACUCAUGCUUUUCUUUAGCAAAGAGGAAUUUGUGGAGGAGCCUUUGAAACACAUCCUUGACUGUUUUCAGGAAUGCCACUCCAAACUUCUAAGACACAGGAACAUCUAUGUUCAUCAUGUGAAGCAGGUUAUCAAGGGCGGAGGUCCAUGGGAGAAUCCAGUGUUGAAAAGAAUAUUAAAAGGAGCAGAAGUGCCACAGAGGGAAGCUGAUGACUACUUGAGUACAGAGCUGCCUAUAUUUUUGGAGCUGCGGGUGCGAUACCUGCAGGCGUGCGAGCGAAUUCAGGAGGCCAUGGCUCUCUCUAAAGUCUGCCUUGAAAACCAGGAGACUGGAAAGCAUCUUUAUUUCCAUCAGGCCUACCUGACCAGCCUCUACAAGGCCUCUCUGUAUGAGAACCUUCAGAAGGAGAUGGCGGAAAUAGACGGCCGCGAUGCCGUCGAGAUCAUCUGCAACACAGAGAGGGUGGAAAAAGACGAGCUGCUGUUGUCCCUGUGCAAAGCUUUCCUCACCCGGCAGCUGAUUGAAGGCGACAUGUACUACAUCUGGGAUCUUGUCUUCAUCUGGAGCCGAUUGCAUCUCAGGUCCAAUCCCUCCAGACAAGGCUUCCUGGCUGAAUGUUUGGAACUAGCUUCAUCUGCCACCAAUGUCAGAGCCAUUUUCCCCUUCAUCAAACUGCUUACUGAGCUUGGUGGUAAAGGAGUGGAGGUUGCUGUUGAGCUCUGUGCCAGGGCCUUGCAGCUCUGUGAUAUGCAGGGUGACACUGUAACCCGUUCGCUUGUCUGCAAAACCAUCGCCUUCCUGCUGCCUUAUGACCUGGAGAUCUGUCGGGCGUGUUCCCUGCUGGUCUUUUGCCAGGAGCGAAGCCUGGAGGCGUACCGAACUGUGUGUCUUCUUUACAGGCAUCCAGAUCAGGAGCAGCAUCCUCACAACAACCCGCUCCGGACCAAUGUUCGCUUCCACAUUCUGCAGAUGCUUAAAGAACGCCUGUGCUUCGACCCUGAAUUUUGGAACCUCCUCGCUCUCAGGACUCGCUGCUUGGAGUUGAUGAGCGAUAAUGUGAUGAAGGACGCUGUACUCAAUGAGAUGAAAGAAGAAGAGGAAAAGGAAUACAGGGAAGCUCACUUGUCCAACAACUGUGUGAAUGAACAAUGCAUUCCCUGUAUUGAAUCCUGCCUCAGCACUCAAGCUGCAGAUGAAACUAAGGACCUUCCAGAGAAAACAGCUGCGGUGGAAUCAAAACCAAAGUGUCUUCCACCAAGUCACAUUCAUCUAAGGAAGAGGAAACCAAGGCGACCUUUGUUAGAGGAAGAACCUGACAUUGUUGAUGAUCCAGAAUUUAAAUACAAUCUCAAACCCAAUUCUUCAAAUAGCAAACCCAUGUACUCACUAAGAUGCAAUCCAAUUAAGAUGGAGAAAUCUGCCCCUGUAAGGCUUCCAACAAACCACGUGGAGGAAUACUUGCCCCAAAGCAUCAAGAACCAGGUUUUUAAGAGGAGGGGUCGGAAAAAGAAAUUGCUGCGGUGUCUUCCAAUUAAUGAGCAGCCGCAUAAGAUAAGAAUUGGAGGCAAAAAGCGAGGAAGGAAGCCUUUACCUAGACUUGAUCUUUCUUUCCCUGAUAAUGAAAUCCACCUCGCAGAGGAAUCAUGUGGCCUUGACGGGAUAACAGAAGAAUGCAGUAAGCAGAGUACACCUGAUUUGGAUGUUAAACUGGGAAAUCUGAGUAAAGAGGAUGAAGUUGAGCAUCAAGAGGAAUCUAUUAAGCUUAACGGCGAAGACACAAAUAGUGUUUGCAGUCUUGGUGAACACACUCAAGAGGAAACUCAAAUACAUGUAGAGUUAAAACUUUGUGACGAUCAGUUGCAUGAGCCCCAAGCUGCUGUUGAAGCUAACCCUGAGCUUGACGGGCCAGUCUUUGAAUUGAUGGAUAAUCCAUUAGAGAUGCUACACAAUUACGCCAUUCCUUCUAGAACAGCUGAUGAUGAAGAACCAGAGGCUCCAGAAUCCAACGCAGCAGAUGCCGUGAAUGGAGACAUGAAGCAGGACGGCGGGACACAAGUGGAAACGGACGACCCAAAAACUGAGAUGAAAACCUCAAACACAUGGAGAGAGAGGUUGCUUCGGACUCAACACUAUAGUCAUUUAAAAUAUAUCUGCAAGAUCUGCAAUAAAACCUCCAAGGGUCUGAAUGUGAUGAGGCACGCCUUCUCACAUUUAAAGAAAAGGAAAUUACGAUGCAUUUUCUGUGGAAAACGCUUCAAGCAACUCCCUUUGGCCAAAAAGCACAUUCUCGAGCACAUUAAUGAAAUGGCCACUAAUAAACCAAAUGCAGAAAAAAUGCGGGAAAGUCCUCCAGCUAAUGGAAUCGUGGAAAAUGAGCUCAAGCCUGAGGAAGAAAAGCUGCCCGUCACCAAAAACAAACCCCCCAUACAGAAGCCCAAACCCCAAAGUAAACUGCUCAGUCUCAACAGGGAAGAACGAAUCAUCAGAAAUGUCCGCAUCCUGCUAAAAAAGAUGAUUAACUUUCAUAACAAAAGUAAGAACUUCAAACCAGAGACGAGUAAAGAGAUUGAUUUCAAGGAUGAGCAAGUUGUCAUUACGGAAGAUCUGGUGAUAAUUAAGAACUUGCCUUUGAUGAAGACGGAGGAUGGAGGCAUGGAGACGUCAAUCGGGGAAAAUGGUUGCAGUAUGGACAUCUCAUAUCCGCUGUGCCCAUCAGUCACAUGUGAUCGAGUGUUCAUGAAAAUGAACAAUUCACUGACAAGGCAUGCCAUCAAAUGCCAUCUUGGUGAAGAGAACGUUGUGGAGAAAACGUAUGAUUGGUCCAAGCACAAAUGCUGCUUCUGCAUCAGGCAUCUACAGUUUUUGGAACACUACAAGCAACACAUGAAGCUCCACAAUGAUCCUCUGCCGUUCUUCUGCUACCAUGAGAAGUGUACCCAACGCUUUGCAACACAGCCAGAGUUAAAGGACCACAUCAUCAGCCACAACCCCUUUACACCUCAGUGCGCGUACAUAGACUGUGAGAAGCUCUUCACAGAUUUUCAGGGUCUUGCGGACCAUGAAUGGAGGCAUUACAUACCGGCGCCACAAAGGAAAGAACUAGACCUGCCAGUUGGGAUUAAAAAACAGCCAAGUGAAGAAGCUCCUUGGAAGCAGAGAGUAAAAAUCGAAGAGAUUUGGCUUCAGAAUAAAAAGGCCCACAGCCAAAGGAGUCCUACUCCAGAUAACAACCGAACUGAAGAUGGGGAAACCACUAGUCUAGACAACAGCAACCAUUUAUCCAAAUAUGAUAAUGGCCAGACAGCCGCAGUUAGCCUUGAACCUGUGGAAGAUAAACCCACCGUCAAUGGAUUUGAGGUCGUAACUAAAGAGAUUCCAGAGGUGUCCAACUCCUCCCAAAGUACUGCUAAACCAGCCAAAACGAAACCUCAGAAAAAAAUCCUGAAUUUUGACAUCAUCAAUAUCAAAGAGUACCAAGAAGAGUCCACAUUGGCAGAGGGAAUCCAGAAGAACAUAUUUGAACCGCACAUCACGGAGCACAAGACCUUUAAACCCGAAGAUCCCGCCUACGCACGGUUUGUGAAAACCCCCUUCGUCCGGCCACCACCCUGCACCUACCUGGACGAAUCGGUGCUCUCAAUGCGGAAGAGGAGAUCCGGCGAUCAGCUGCCUGUCAAAAAAUUUAGGCGCAAGAAGAAAGAACUCUCUUCAGAAACGGGAAAAGAGGAGAAAGCAGCGGAGAAGGUCCGACAUCGCUGCAGCAAGUGCCUGUCCUCCUUCAGCACAUUGGAGGAACUGAAGGCGCAUGAAGUUCGGAACACCUGCUCCUCCUUGUUUGGAUUCGAUUCAGAUGAUGAAACUUAAGCCCCAUUUACAAUACCCUUUAGAAACCGUGGAGAGAACGGUCCAAGCAUG